GCCAAUGGUAGCAACUUUACGACCGUGGCCCGUGGCGAUGCGGAAGGAAGACGCCCCUCCUCUACCGCUGCCGAUGCUCGCCGGCCGCUAUGCCACCGUCGCCGUUGCCCUCGCCUUGCUGCUGUCGCCGGCCGUCGCCGAGGAGACCCCGCCCCCUGACUGCGACGCGAGCUCAGCCUACGCGGCCAACAGCACGUUCCAGGCGAACCUGAACCUCCUCGCCGCGGCGCUCCGCGCCAACGCCUCCGCCUCGCCGGCGGGCUUCGCGACCGCCGCCGCCGGCGCGGCGCCCGACCAGGCCAACGGCCUCGCGCUCUGCCCCGGGGACACCAACGCCUCCACCUGCGCCGCCUGCGUCGCCGCGGCGUUCCGGGACGCGCAGCAGGCCUGCCCGAUGGACAAGGGCGUCACCGUCUACCGGGAUGCCUGCGUCCUCCGCUUCGCCGGCAGGCAGUUCGUGGACUUCCUCAGAGAGGACCAGUGGCUCAUCUCGGAACUGGUUCCUGCGAUCUUUACGGACCCAGCGAGGAGCGUCAACACUUCGGAUGCCUGGUUCAGCGCCGCCGUCACGGGGACACUCACUGCUCUGGUCGACCGCGCGGCGGCGGCAACCAACGCGACGAGGAAGUACUUCGCCACGAGGGAGAUGGACUUCGACCCCAAGCUCUACGGGCUCGCGCAGUGCGCGCCAGAUCUGAUGCCGGCGCAGUGCCAGGGUUGCUUCAGGAUCCUCCAGAACGUGGUGGUGAGUGCGCGGUUCCUCAGCGGGCGGCCCCCCUCCAGCAGCGCUUUCGUGGUGUGGUGCUCCCUGAGGUACAGCGCUUUCGUCACAUAA